GGCAACAGGGCAACACUGAAAGACUGUCAAGAAAUGCUUUGUAGAACAAUGACCGAAAUCAAAAGGGGAAUAAUGAAUUUUUUUCUCAUAACUGUGUUAAUAUGUGCGAUGGCUAUUCAGCAAACAGAAGGCAUCAGAAAAAACAUAAAGAGGGACGUAGAAAGCAAGUUUCAAAUGGGCUCAGAAGUACACCCAGAAAAUAGAAAAGCAGGUCUGACUGAAGAGAUCGCCUCGUUAUUUACAAGUUUCACUUUUCGCCUGUACAAUGAGAUAGCUCUACAGAGUUCCACAGAUAACAUCUUCUUUUCUCCAUUUAGUAUCACCGCUGCCUUGGCUUUGUUGUCCUCAGGGGCAAGAUCAGCUACUCAAGAAGAGCUCAUUGAUGCAUUUGGUCUGGCUAAUAGGAACGAAAGCGAAGUAAACAAAAUGCAUGCUCAUAUUGGGGACCUGCUGAAGAUCCUAACAAAAGAAAACAGUGAUUUCCAGUUAUCAACAGGAAACUUACUCCAUAUAGAUAAGUCUCUCGCGGUUUCACGGAAGUUUGUGAAUGAUACUGCACAUUAUUACAAAGCUGAAGUGUUCCCUGUGGAUUUUUCUAAACCCCAGCAAGCCAAGCAGACAAUAAAUGACAUUAUAGAAAAGGAAACUAAAGGAAAAAUCAAAGAACUCUUUGAAGAGAUUGAUCCUUCAGCUAAAUUAAUACUGACCAACUACAUUUACUUUAAAGGUAAAUGGAAGUAUGCCUUUGACCCAAAACACACAAGAGACUGGACAUUUCAUGUGGAUGAAACAAAGUCUGUUGACGUUCCAAUGAUGUUCAGAGAUGACACUGAAGAUUUUGAGAUGCUCUAUGAUGCAAAAUGCUCUACCACAGUAUUACAACUUCCUUACACCGGGAAGGCAUCCAUGCUACUCCUUCUGCCAGAGAAGGGAGAACUUGCGAAACUUGAAAAAAGUCUCUCGCCUAAAAAGUUUAAAUUCUGGCUCAACAACUUGAAAAUGGGAUCUGCAGAGAUUCAUUUUCCAAAGUUAUCAAUGGAAAAAAAGUAUGAUGUUAAAAGGAUCUUAAGGAGAAUGGGAAUUAAAUCUCUGUUUACAAAUGCUGCUAAUUUUUCUGGUAUUACUGAUGAGGGAAAUCUUAAAGUAUCGGAGGUGAGAGUCAAAUUCUGCUGCUGACGGGCCGUACACUAUAAAGCAAGUGUUGACACUUUAAUGAAUAGCCUGGUAAUGCUUGCAUUUUUGCUAAAUGUCUAAAGUAUAGUGUAAAACAAGAAAAAAGAAUUAUUUGGAUUAUUAAAAAUCAAAAUAAAAAACCUAUUGGGGCAGCAGUGUGGAGUAGUGGUUAGGGCUGUGGCCCCUUGACCGGAGGGUCGUGGGUUCAAUCCUAGGUGGGGGACACUGCUGCUGUACCCUUGAGCAAGGUACUUUACCUAGAUUGCUCCUGUAAAAACCCAACUAUAUAAAUGGGUAAUUGUAUGUAAAAAUAACGUGAUAUCUUGUAACAAUUGUAAGUCUUGUCUGCUAAGAAAUAAAUAAUAAUAACAUUACCAAAGAGAGGAAUUGUAAGAGCAUUUUAUACAAAUUACCUCUCUACCCAUAUGUACAAGCUCAUUAACCAUUGAACCAUUAUUAUUAUUAUUAUUAUUAUGAUUUAUUUCUUAGCAGACGCCCUUAUCCAGGGCGACUUACAAUUGUUACAAGAUAUCACAUUAUUUUUACAUACAAUUACCCAUUUAUACAGUUGGGUUUUUACUGGAGCAAUCUAGGUAAAGUACCUUGCUCAAGGGUACAGCAGCAGUGUCCCCUACCAGGGAUUGAACCCACAACCCUCCGGUCAAGAGUCCAGAGCCCUAACCACUACGCCACACUGCUUCCCUCUCUCCCUCCCUCUCUCUCUCUCCUUUCUCUCUCCCUCUCUCUCUCUCUCCCUCUCUCUCCCUCCCUCUCUCUCCUCCCUCUCUCCCCCCUCUCUCUCCUCUCUCUCUCUCUCUCUCUCUCCUCUCUCUCUCUCCUCUCUCCUAAUUAUUAUUAUUAUUUUGUCAUUUAGCAGAUACUUUUAUCCAAAGCGACUUACAGACUAUGUGGUGAACUAUGCAGAGCCACUUACUAUGGAACUAUGCAGGACUGGUAACUGUUUGAGCCUUUUCUCAUAACAGGUUGUUCAUAAAGCUGUACUCGAGGUUGAUGAAUCCAAGACUGAGGCUGCUGCUGGCACUGGCAUACAGGUUGUGUUUUAUUCCAUGCCCGCUCAAAUAAUAUUUAAUAGACCUUUCAUAUUGAUGAUCUAUGAAGAACACACCGGAAAAGUACUUUUCAUGGGAAGAGUCGUUGAUCCCACGAAAAAAUAACGUAUGUCUGAAAAUAAACAUGGUAUAUAUCAGUUUAGUGGUAGCAAGUAGAAUUUGAAUAAGUGAAUGUAAAUCUUUCCUCGGCAUAAAACCACCUGUGAUUAACUGGUAGUAAUUCAUUAAAAAAAAGUAAAAUUCUAUGACUAAGCAGACCUUAUUAUUUGAAGUUUGUUAAUAAAAUGCUUUAAAGAAUUGGUGUUUGAUUAUUCUAAAUUACAGUUUAUUUUCAGACUCACUGGCAGACUAAAAGCUUAAUAUGUUUUCACCAUUUAGUGUUAAUGACCUAAUACCGCUUUACAGAAGUAUGUAGGGAUAAGAAGAAAGGAUAUUUUAUCAUUGUAUAGGAUUGUUGAUUGAUGCAUCUUAAAACUUACAAACGCAGUCAUGGAGAAAGAAGUCCUGAAUAUGAGGAAGGAACUAGUUUGUUAACUUUCAUUUGAAAAUCAGUUUUUCUAAUAUCUCAGCAGCAUUAGUUUAAUGUUCCCUUUCUAAUUAUAAUGAUGUCUAGAAAUGCACAAUGAGCCCCACUAGGGUCUGCAAUAGGGCCUAAUCCAUUAAGAACUAAUCACAGGUAUAGUCUCCAAAGAAUGUGCCGUUGACUCGCUAAUCCAAACCCAGGUAGAACUGUAAUCCAAACCACGUAAUCAUACAACUGAAUGCUGAAAACAGCAGUGGAAACACACAGAUUCAUUUCAGUAUUACUACAAACAGUAUGCUGGUCAUCAUUGUAAAGUAACUGUGUGAGAAAAAGGUUUAAGGGCAGGAUAAAAUGCCAACUGUGUCUGUUUUUACUGAUUUUUUAAAUGAAUUAUCUACUGCAUAGUCUACAAAGAAUAUAGACUCUAUAUUUGCCAUCCCAAAAUAAAUUUCAGUCAUUUCCAUCACCCAAUAGGGCUAUUAAUUACACAAGUUGAACGGAGGAACUGUUAUGCUAGGUAUAGUAAUGAACAUAUUUAAACCUUAAUCCUUCUGUUGUAAAGGCUGUUGUAAAAGUGAUUCACCUUUAGAAAUGACAGCUGUUUAGUUAACAACUGCUGCACAUGAGAUUUGGAUAUAACUAGAAUGACCUCACAAAGCUUUCAGUUUCUGGCAGUGAAAUAGGUUUCUAGGACUGCACCAGCAGUAUCAAGAGGACUGUCAAAAUUCCGCCCCCCACCCACACACAAUUAAAAAAAAAAAAAAAAAGGUUUGCACAAAAUGGAACCACUGUUACAUGAACUCAAGGGUUUAAAUACAUGCUUUUGUUUGCCACCUUAUCAUUUUCCCAGAGUAAACAAAGAAUGAACCACAGGUCCUUGUUUUGACCCGAGGGGAAAUGAUCAACUUAGAAACCAAGGAGAGUGUUAACCUUUACAGUACAUUAAGCUUUAGAAUAACGAAACUCACACUGUAGCUGUGUCAUUGUGUAUUCAGCUAAUUACCCCAAAUAAACUAUAUGUUAAAUUGCUUUUACUGAAUGAAAACUAAAUUAAAAAAAAAAAAAAAACCCUGUGAUGAAUGUGUAAAUGGAUAGACACAAUUACAUAACAAGCAGGCUAAUAAGGCAUUUCAGUAUGAAGAUAAGCAUAGUUUAAGAGAUAUUUCACAUCCCACAGUGUGAAUACUCAAAUUGAUUAAACCUUGGAACAGGUUGUAUUACCACUGGAACACAGAAGCCUCUCUUGUGUACAAAUGUUAGCAUGGUUAACUGCUGACGUGCCAGGUGACACUCAAAUUCUUUCUCUGAGCACUCUGCUUUUUUCAUCACUCUAAAAAAGAAAAAAGAAAGCUGCGCUGUGAGGUAAAAUGGAAAUAGACAAAAAGUAAAACUCAUGUUUAAUGUGAUAUAACUAAAUAACUGAUUAACCAAGCGACACACAAGAGCACAGGUGAUCAGGUAAGCAAACACAAAAGAAGAACCUUACUCUGGAACACAAGUUCAGAGGUUGUCAGCUAGUUAAUGUUUAAGGAAGGACUCUUCUGCUUUGUUGGCGUAUAAAUUGACAAAAAAAACAAGAAGAAUAGUCUGGGCAAGGAGAUAAAUAAAAGUG